GUGUAUUAGGACGCAGCCGUACACCUGACUACAGGAACGCUCACUUCCGAUCACGUGACGCGCUAGACAAACAGUCUGGUGGUGAUGUACGAUUUACCUGAGGAACUUCAUCGACAGAGAAAACGUUUAAAACGCUUUAGACUUUAUAGAUAUAAACAUCAGAGGACGGGAAAACUGCGAUAUAUACUUGAGGAUUUAGGUCAUUGUUAAGUGUAGAUAUGGAGGACACACAAGACUCAGAAGAGGACAUUGGGAAGAUGGAGUGUGAACAGAUCAGACGAGACAAAGCAAUAUCUGCAGACCCCACCCACACGCCUCCGCAAACUAACCAGUCAAAUAAUCCACCAAAAGAUUUUAAAGAUGGAGCUCCACAUAAAAGAAAGAAUAAAAGCAAUAUUAAAAGUUCCUCAACGUGUGCUGCUCUCAGUGGAAUCAAUGAAAGUUUGAUGCAAAGAGCUGAGAACAUCCUAGAACAUCUGAAUAAACAGAUCAAGAAAUGUCAGGAUUUUAUUACAAGCCCAGAUAAUCUAAGUGUUGUUAUUUGGUUUCCUGCUUUGAAAGAUAAAUUAGUGGAUUUUUCAGAGCUUCUUCAGAAAUACAAAGCAGAUUAUCAGAGAGGUAUCAAAGAGAUUGCUGAAGAUUCUGAAGUUAAAGAAGAGGAAGGAGAGAAGAAACUUCGACAUCAUCUAGAGAGACAUGACCGAUCACCAUUCAGUGCAGAUAACAUAAACCAGUGGCUGGAGAAUAAAGAAACUGAACUGAAGAUUUUAAAUGACUGUAAAGCUGCAGACAUCACUGUUGUGAAAUCACAGUCAGAGUUACAUCAGAUCAUAAAUGACCCACAGAUAAACCGAGUGAUGUGUUUCACUCUUACCUCACCAGAUGAUGAAGAUUCAUUCCUCACUGCUCUGAAGCACCAUAUUGAAUCUGAUCACAUUACACCAACAGAUUCACUUCAGUCCAAACCUGUUAAAAUCAAUCAGAAAGUGCUCAUUGAUUUACAAUUGUAUAUUGCUGCUAAAGAAGCAAAUGAAGAUACAGAACAAACCAGAUUUAUUGCUGCAUCUGUACCUGAAAAUGAAUUUCCUGAAUUCACUGUGCAGUUUUAUUAUGCUGGGAUGAUUGUGAGCAGAAACAUGAAGUUUGGAGUGAAACCAGAUCUUGCUCAGAUAACUCGAAUAAACCACAACAGUGUGUCUGUGAAGUGGAAUCAUUUACAGAAAAAUAAAAGCAUUGAGAAAUAUGUGGUGGAGUACAGAGUUGAUGAUGAAGGACACAACACUUGGAAACAGAUCACAGUUAAUGCUCACACUUUUAUAGAAAAGUUUGUUUUAUCUGAUUUAGAACCAGACACAGGAUAUCAGCUCAGAUAUGCAGCUUGUGACAACAACAGUAUGAGCAACUUUAGCUGGAUUAUUCACUUUCAAACAUCUUCUGUAACGAGGCCAGGACGACCCUCUGUUACCCAACUGAGCAGAGAUACUCUCAGACUAACCUGGUUAAAAGCUGAAGCUGAUGAAGAUUGUCCAGUUCUCCAGUAUAUGGUUGAGUAUAGAGAAGCAGGACUGGAGGGCUGGUCAUCAGUAUUAACACAAGGAUCUGAGUGUGAAUGUACUUUAACUGAACCUCACAGCACCUGCUAUAGAGUCAGAGUAUCUGCUGUCUAUGAGGACAUCACCAGCAAACCUAGUGAGGAAACAUCUGUACCUGUGGAUGUCUGGACUAUUAACCUCUCAAAGAGAAAGAGCUCCAUCCUCCUAGAAGUGCUGAAACUCCAAACAGAGAAGAAACCAGUAGAGCUGAUAGACUGGACAGAUGAUAAGAGUGAAGUGAGAGGAUUCAUCCAGUGUCUGCCAUACAUCUCACAACUGAGAUUUAUUAAACCACCAAAUGAAUCAUCUGAACUGUGGAAAGAAAGAAAGAGAUUAUUUAUACUGGAUUUAUGUCUUCAAGUUGCUGUCUGUCAGAAAGAGACCAUAGAGACAACUGUGAAGAUGCUGCUGUCAUCUGUGAAUUAUGAAGAAUGGCAUUUUCUGCUGGAUCUGUGUUCACAUGUGAAGAACUAUGAGAGUCAAACAGGCAGGAGUGUCCUUCCAGCAUUACAGUCAAUUUAUCAGUCAACUCCUGAAGUCUGGGCCAUAAACCUCUCAGAGAGAAAGACCUCCAUCCUUCUAGAAGUGUUGAAACUCCAAACAGAGAAGAAACCAGUAGAGCUGAUAGACUGGACAGAUGAUGAGAGUGAAGUGAGAGGAUUCAUUCAGUGUCUGCCAUACAUCUCACAACUGAGGUGAGAGUUUUAUUUCAAUUAAAUGCAAUAUAUUAUCAGUGAUUGUUUACCAAAGUAUGAACGAACAGGAACACCAAAACUGAAUUUUAAUACAUCACAGGAACAGACUAAAAUAAAAUCCUGUGUGAGUAAUGCUGUGAGUGGAGCUGCCUUUGUAGCACACACAACAGCACUUGACUUUAAUUGUAAACUUCAGUUUACUUUCAUAAUAGUAAGAACACAAACACAGUCAAUCUGACUGACAUCAACUUAUUCGGGUCAGUUAAAAGAAUCCUUUUACAUAAAUAAUGCAAGAUUAUUUGUUACAUUAAUCUUUGUGCGACAUUUACUAAGGGAUCUGAAAGAUAUCAGCUGAACAGUAUCAAGAAAAAUGUGAUGUAUUUUUUAAAUUUAGGAUUAUAUUUACAACCACUCUGUACAAAUAUCCAGUAGAAGUAAAAUAUGAACUGUUAUUGCCUGAGUCCUUGAUUAUGAUUUGGGAUUUGGUGUUUUUGGAUCUUUAAGUCUCUCCAAUAGUCAAAGCCUUUUACAUUUGGAUUUAAUUUAACCACAUAGGACAUGAUGGAAAGUCCCAAAUUUGUAGGCCUCUUGCAGAAAAAAAUUAUGCGAUAAAAUAGACAGACUUCAAGACGUUGAACCAAAGUCCAGUCACUGGCAUACAUCAGUCAGCAUCUUCCAGUCCCUAGCUCCCUCCAACCGCCCAAUCUUCACUAGUGAAGUGGCCCUUUUCCUCCCCUGUUUCCCUUCUUGGAUAAAUACCAUAUCUUUUGUAGGUGUAAUAAGAGGUGUGGAGUUGGUAGAUGUUCUUUUGAGCUUAACUGCUGUAGCCAUAUAUUUAAGCACUUGUUUGCAGCCAGUGAGUAUGUGAGGGUGGCUGAGGUGACAUGAAGGAUCUUCCCCUAUCCACAGCUGGAGUUUUUUUUUUUUGGUGAUGGGCGAACAUCAUAAGUAGCUCUGAGAAGAAAACUGAUCCUUCCUGCCUCCAUCUCCAUUCCUUUUUAAUAUACCCUCCCAGUUGGUCCACUGACCCUUUUGUGCUUGACCAACGGCCUUGGCGUGUCUUGUUGCCUCCUCCUGGUGACGGAUUUCUUGAACCACCAGUUGCCGUUCUGAUGGUGUUGCCUUAUUCUAUAAGGGUCUGCCCUAAGAUAGGCCCAGACCCCCUCUCCCGUACUGGACAUGACCCACAAUGUCAGCAUGCUGCAGUGCUGAUUUGGCUAGUUGUACGGCAUCACCUGGUAUCCAUUUUCAUCCUACUGACAGAUUUGGCCUGACUUCUCAUACUAAAGGAUCUCAGGAUUCUGAAAGUGUCAUCAUUUGACUCUUCUACCAAACAUGAGAGGGGUAACUCAAGAAUUCCAUGUCCGUACAAGCUGUUACUACUUAGACAUUGUGGUACCCCUAGCCAUUUCUUCACCUAGAAGCUGAUUUCCUUUCUAACUUCUCAAUUUUUGUAAGGGGCCUAUCUGCCAUCGUAAGAGGCCACAUCAACCGGGGUAAUAGGCCAAAUUGUAGGCACCAGAGUAUUAAUUUACCUGGGAGCAUGGAUUGGUUGAUGGUCUCUAGACCCUUCUUCACUUCCUGAAUCAAUUGAUGGACCUGAUCACAAUCCUUAAGACUUUUGUCGUAAUAUUUUCCCAGACCUUUGUUCGGCUUUUCUAGAAUAGUUGGAAUUGGUUCAUCAUUAAUAUAGAACCUUUGGUAAACCAGUUUUCCUGCGAUGAUUGAAAUACUUCUUAAUUUAGAUUAAUUAAUCUUCUUUCUGGCCCAUGUAAUGUUAUCUUGAAGCGUGUUAAAGGAACAGUAUGUAAGAAAUUUAUAUCAAUUAAUCAUAAAAUGGCCCUGAUAUGUCACUAGACAUUAAGAAAUUAUUUUCAUUUCAAAUACUUGUAUUACUGACAACAGUGGUCCGGCCAGGAUAUUGUAAUUUAAAAAGUGGAGUUGCAGCCCUCAACUGAUGUUUAUGUUGUCCUUUUGUGUAUUGGCCACCAGUUGUGUGAUUGCAGUACCAGUUUUAGCCACAAGUUUUGUGAUUGCAAUACCAGUUUUGGCCACAAUCCUACAUACUGUUCCUUUAAGUAUACACCUGGUACAAGGUGGCGUUGUAGUCAGUAGUGUUAAGUCAUCCAUGUAGGCCCUGAUUGGUGUUAACCGGGUGCCAAAUUUUAGCCGCUCACCCCCAACUACCCAUUUUGAAGUUAUAAUGAUAAUUCCCAUUGCCAUGAUGAAUGUAAGUGGAGAGAUUAUACAGCCAGCCAUUAUACCUACAGGG